UGGCGUUUUCAGCUGGUCAAAAACGCUUUGGUGGACAUGGGCCCUAAGUGGACGUUCCAGUGUCAUGGUUCGUGUGGUGAGGCAGGUUGGAGGACCCAAAUGCAGGACUCACGGCUGGCAGAUCACAUUCUUCAUGCUGCUGUCAGCAGUGUGUGUGAUGCUCAACCUGGCGGGCUCCAUCCUUUCCUGCCAGAACGCUCAGCUGGUCAACUCUCUGGAAGACUGUCAGCUGUGUGGAUGUGUGUUCUCUCCUCCUCCCCCCCAGCUCAAGUUUGACAGCGAUGGAGUGUGCGUAUGCUGUGAGCUACAGCAGCAGAGUUCAAGCUGCAACAACCUGGGAGAGACGCUGAAACUGAAUCCACUGAGGGACUGCAAUACCAUACGCCUACGUCUCAAGGAGCUGCUGUUCAGCGUAUGUGCCCUUAACGUCAUCUCCACCAUUGUGUGUGCUCUAGCCACUGCCAUGUGCUGUAUGCAGAUGGUCUCAACUGAUGUGCUGCAGAUGUUUAUGCCGCACAGAGCGAGAGCCCUAAAUGCUGACUGCAUGACCCCCCAUGGAACCAUCCUCCACCAAACACUGGACUUUGAUGAGUUUAUUCCUCCCAUUCCCCCACCACCAUACUACCCCCCAGAGUACACCUGCACCCCCUCAAUGGAUGGACAGAGAGGCCUGCACUUGGACUUCCCCCAUUCUCCCUUCAGUGCCAUCUAUGGGGUACCCAUCAACAGCCCAGGGACACUGUACCCAACUGACCUGCCUCCUCCGUAUGAGUCUAUAGUGGGGCAGACCCCUGCCAGCCAGGUUACCACCAGCAUAGAGCAACAAGCCACUGAAUCCAGUCUGUGUGAGAGAAACACUACUGCAGGACUCAGCACUCAGGCCUCGGUGGACAGUGCAUCACUGAUGGUGUCUGAGGUGGCUGAUCAGGACCAGACAUGCUCCUCAGAGGACUUGUGCUCCCUGGAGGUCCAGGGCUCUGACUCCUCUCCCUAUGGCAUGCUCCACACUGCCCCCAUUGAUGGAAGCUGCACCAGCCUGGAACUUUGUACACGCCAUCGUGGCCUGCCUAACACUGACGUUCGCCCCAAUGAUACAGGAUACAGUGAGUCUUCACACACCCAGGAGUCUCUGGAACGCUCUCCGGACUGGUCCUCAGAAAACUACAGCAACAUGGACCAGGAGGAUUCCACGGACAACACACAUCCAUGUGAAGAACUCAGGGCUGCAAUGCACAUAUGUGACGAGCUUGCAUCAGCCAAACAUUUACCAGAGGAGCCACCUAAAGCAUCAACUCACUCCCUCAUUAAAGCACGAAUGAUGAGCCGGAAGCUCACUCUCCCCGUCACUCUCCCUCCGCCACCUCAGCCUUGCUCCCCCACCUCUGUGGCCUCCUCUGGUGGAACUUCAGGCAUCAGCCCCUUGGCUCCUUCUCCUUCCCCUUCCCCUCCUAGCAGGCCACGUGGCCCCAGGCUGUGCUUCAGUGUUUGGUCAUCCUCCUCCACAUCACAGCCCCCCUCUACCUCAGCCCAAAGUGGCUUCUCACCCUCAGAGAGGCCUCGGGUGUUUCGAGCAGCCAGGAGGUACCGCAAACUGGCACGCAUUGUCCGUUCCACCAGUGACCCUAUCUCCUGCUCAUCUACGACAGCAAGAGAAAAUGUGAGCUGCACUUCUGCAAAUAACCCUGCUGCUGAAGAUUCAACUCAUACAUCACCAGAGCAAGAGCCAACAGGCGUUUCAACAGAUGCUGUUGGAGCAAAACCCAGUCACAUAUGUGUCAGGAAGCAGCAAAAGGAGGGCAGGAAAGUUGAUAUCCACCUUAAACCACGAGCCAUGCACACACACUCCUCCCACGAACGCCCACACUCCCUCGCUGACCUGAAGAUGUACAAAGACACCAAAAUACUGGUGGCCAAGUUCCUGGAACAUUCGAGCUGCAGUCUGCCUCCUGAAGUCCAGCAGGUUGUUAACAACAUCAAGUGUGUCAUCAAAUCGGAUGAGAAACACAUGGAGGAGGCCAUUUUUAGUGCCAAUGUCAUAGAUCAGGUGAUGACCCAGCGCACCAUUGGCAGUUCCAGGAAGCAUGGCCACGAGGAUCUUCACCUUCAGAGCUGCGGUGCUUUGAGUUCAUCCCCUUCCAUGCGCCGUCCAAAACACCUCCCACAGAUAACCAGCGCCUCCAUCAACCCACUGGAUUCCCCCUCCUCUGAACAAAGCCUUGAGUGCAAAGAAACCAUUCUCUGACCACUCUCCCAACAAGGACUUGGAUCAAAACUCUGGGGGCAUUUCAGGGUGCUGGUGUUGCAGCCAUGCUCUGCUGUGCAGCAGAUGUCUAUUAUUAAUGAAAGAUCAUUUAUCUUCACAGUGUAACUGCAGCACAGGCAUACUGACAUGGUCUCAUGCCGAAUCUCUCAGUGCCCUGUGAGGCCGUGCCAAGUCAUCAGCAGAAAUGGUAGCAAACUCACACUGAGCCUGCCAGUGUCUGUAGUGGCUUCUUUCUCAUCAGAAAAACAAAAGGAUGUUUCUCCCUCAGGGGAUCUUUUCUACAGAGUUUCAUCUCUUAAAAAAGAAACUAAUACACAGCUGGUACGUUUGGAUCUGGAACUGAAAAACUGUAUUAUCAGUAAUCCUCUUGUCAUAAGAAAUGGAAAGAAAUAUGUUUGUAUUAAACUGUAAACUGACCGGGCAUUACUAGCCAUUGUUUGCAGACUUUGUGGAACUGUUACUGAUAGGGUGGUGAAUAUUUUGUGGUGCCGCUGGUUAAAGAACAUCACAGAUGUGGAUUAUUUAACUUACCUCAUUGUGUUACAAUUCUUAUCAGUGUUACAAUAAAGUAUGAGUUUAUA